AUGGCGACCGCGCCGCCCCGGGUGCUAUUGGGGCUGUGCGACGCCGCCGUCCCGCCGGGCGAGGGCCUCCCGUGGCAGGGCGCCGCCAGCAAGCUGGGCGGAUCUCCGGUGGGUCGGGGACCCGCUGAACGACGACGACGACGCCUCCCCCCGGCGAUCUGGGUGGGACAGUCUGAGGGCGCCCGGGCGGUGAUGGGCUCGCUCGGGCCUGGCUCCCCGCCGGAAAGCUCGGGAAGAUCUUCGGAGGGCCGCGAGCCCGUCCCCGCCGCGCCCCUUGAGCCUUCCCGCUGGAGGCGCCGCAGCUCAGCCGCGCUCUUGCCCCGCGGUGCUGGCGACAGCGAGGGGGCGGCGGCGGCGGCGACGCAGGACGGCGUGUCGGAUUGGAGGCUCCCGGCGCCUGUGGCCCAUCCUGCCUGCGGGAGUUGCGGGGCUGGCUUGCUGCACGUGGUGCAAGUCUAUUGUUCCCUUGAAGGCUCGCCCUACCACCGUGUCAUCAACGUAUUUGCUUGUGCCACGAAAAGCUGCUGGGGGAAUUCUGAAAGCUGGAAGGUGUUACGAUCCCAGUAUUUGCAAGUUCCAAGAAAAGAAAUACAAGACUGCGCAGGGAAGCAGGAGCAAGAAAGGACACAAGCAGCCACAGACUGGUGCAAUGGAGCAGAUGACUGGGGAGAGGACUGUGAAGAGGCCUCUUCUGAGCCAUGCGGGAUUUUCAACACUUUCCCCAGAGAAACACACUGUGCAGCUCUAUUCCAGAGGAUGAGCCUGGGGAAGAAUACCGGGGGGGCCUUUUGUAAUCUGGCUCAGGAAGAGCGAACCAAGCCCUCCAGCUGCGUCCCCGAGUUCCAGCCCUACUACAUCAGUGUAGUGGAUGAAGAAGACUACCUUUGUUGGGAUGACCUGGAUCACGCUCAGAGGCUUUUAAAGGAGUAUCAGCAGAGGGAGGAUGUGGACUUGGAACGUUUGAUGUCAGCAGGUUACACCACUGAUGGUUCUGGGGAGAAGUAUGAGAAGUAUGAAGCUGAAAAGAAAAACCAGAUAUUCUACAAAUUCAUGAAAAGAAUUUCCUCCUGCCAGGAACAGAUCUUAAGAUACUCCUGGAAUGGCCAGCCUUUAUUUAUUACCCACCCAUCUGCAGACUUGCAGGCAAGAAUCCCAUCCUGUAAUAACUGCAAAAGCAAGAGAAUCUUUGAAUUCCAACUGAUGCCAGCCCUAGUCAACAUGCUAAAGACCAGAGAAAAUGAUACAUCAAUAGAAUUUGGAACAGCAGUAGUAUACACGUGUGAGAAAAGUUGUUGGAUAGCCGGUUGUUCUUCACCCUUGGAAGAAUUUAUUUUUGUACAAGAAGAUCCAGACCAGCAAUUGUUUAAAUAGAUUCUAUUUAAUUCCUUGCCUAACCGAAGACACACAAGAAAACUGAACCAGGUAUCACGAGGCCCUGUAAUUUGUGUAAAAGAGAAAUGUUGUCCUCCACUGGUCCUACCUGCCUAGCCUUGUCCAGGCUCAGAAGCAUAUAUUCUGCAUAGGCGCCCCCAUGCACGACUGUCAAGCACUUCAUGUCGGGGGCUGGUUUCUGCAUCUCCUGCUGCAGCUGGGCUGACCGUUCUGAGAUUGUGAGGAAAGGCAGCUAUCUGUUCUCCAUUUCGGGGAGGUCAUGGAUGUGACCCCGGAGGCUCUGCUUUUUUGGUGUUCUAGAAUGACCUUAACAGGUCCCUUCCUCUGCCUCCCCUUUAGUCUGCCUUUCAGAGAAAGCAGAAGGCAGCUUUUCCAGCAGGCGUUCGAGACCUGAUAUCCUGUGUUGGGAUUAGUAUACGUUCCUAAUCUUGUGAGCUACCAAGAGUCACAUGGCUGCAACAUGGUAUGAAUUUGAUUAAUAAAUAUUGUACUGUU